AUGAAAUAUCCAUCUCCAUAUCACAAAAUCAUAUUAAGAGACAAAGGUACAUUCAUAGGUAAUAACUUUAUUAUAUCUACUGAUUCAAUUAAUUGGAUUCCUAUAUUAACUUUAAUUAUCACUAAUGAAGGACAAUUAAUAUCAGUUGAUGAAAAUCAAUCACAUUAUGUUUUAUUAAAGUCUUUACAGUCUUGUUAUGUACAAAUAUACCCAACUGCACCUACUACUCUACAACAACAACAACAACAACAACAACAAGAACAACAAACUACAAGUACAAGAAGAAAAUUACUCCUGUCAAAAAAAUCAAAUAAUAAUCACGCUAUUGGUGGUGGUGGUGGUAAUGGUGGAUCAUCAGAUGAUAAUGAAGAUUCGCCUCCAGUUAUUUUUAUUAAAUCAUUUGAAAAUGAUAAAUUAUAUAUCAAGAUUCCUUCACGAUCUAAUUUUGGUUGUUUAUUAAGUACUUUAAUAGUAUGGCAAAAUUUAAAACCUGAAGGUUUAGGUAAGAAAUGGUAUUGUGAAAAUAAAUCUGAACAACGUCCUACUCAAUCAGAAUUAUUAGUAUGUCGAUUUAAAGUAUUUGGUCCAAUUCCACUUAAACAUAAAAACUUAAAUAUUGUCGCUGGUCCUAAAGCACCAAUUUAUCAACCUAAAAUAGAUGAUAAGAAUGGAUUAGAUAGUCAUUCUCAAACACAAUUGGCAAAUAGUGAUUCUAUUAAUGAAGGGUGGUUUUAUGCUAUGGGUGCUUUAAAUUCAAGUGGAAUAUUAAAUUUCAUAAGUGAAUUAGAUGGAACUUUAUUAUAUUCAAUUGAUAUUAAAUCAAUUAUGUCAAGUGAAAUUAGAGAAAUUCAUCAUUCAAUUUUUAAUAAUUCAAAUGUAUUAUUUAUUGGGAUUUUAAAGGAAUUAAGACAUAAUAAUAAUAGUAAUAUGUUAAGAUCUUCAAUUGGUGGGGAUAUUCAAUAUAAUUUCUUAACUAGAGAUGGGAAAAUUAUUCCUAAUAAUCAAAGAAUUUUAAUUGAAUUCCCAUUACAUAUAGAUUUAGAAGAUUGGUUUGUUGGAUUAAAUUACUUUGCUAAACGAGAAUAUAUUGGUUCAUUUGGUCCAGAUACAAAAUUUAUUGGGAAGGAAAAUACCGAACCCGUCGGUGUAGUUCCAAUUCCUCCAAAACUUGAUGAAUUUACCAAAGAGUAUUUCCGAGUAUCUAAAAAAGUAUCAAUUGAUAUUAUUGAAGCAAAAUUCGAUCAAGAGAAUAAUCCAACCAGAAGUGAAGGGAAAAUCUAUGCAGAAGUUAGGAUGUGGGGAUAUCCUUGGUCAAGAACAGUUGCUGUCAAUCAUACAUUAAAUCCAUUCUGGAAAGAAGAAUUUCUGACUGAUUUACCAAUCUCAACUCAAAUGAUUCAUAUAUUGAUUAAAAAAUCAACAUAUCUGAAUAUAAAUUAUUCCAAUACUGAUAAAAUCAUUGGAACUGUAUAUGUUACUCCUGAUGUUUUGAUUAAAGAAGUGGGAUCAAAUUCUACAAUCAUGGCUACUAGUGCUUUGGAUUCAACUUCAAAUAGUGAUAUUGUAAGAUUAACCAUCUAUGAUACCAAUAAUUUACCGAUUGGGAAAUUAUUAGUAAAAGCAAAAUUAAAAGAAUGUCAUAUCUUACCACCAAAUCAAUUCAAACCAUUGGAAAACAUGUUAAUUAAUGCUCCGAUGAAACCUUUAAUCAAAUUUUGUAAUGAAAGAAUACCGCCUCAAGAAUUGGAGAGAUAUAGUGUUAUAUUAUUAGAUAUUUUCCAAUGUUUAGGGGUGGAAGAAAAAUGGUUUAAAAGUUUAAUGGAAUUUGAAUUGGUUAAUGUUGAUAAAAUUACGAGAAGAAGUUAUUAUCAUCAAUCUAAAAGAAAUAGCGAGGAGAAACCAAAAGUCUUAGCUACUCAACAUAAUGUAUUUAAUACUUUAUUUAGAGGAAGUUCAAUCUUUUCUAAAUCUUUGGAGAAAUAUAAUCUUAGAAUUGGUCAAGAGUAUUUGGAAAAAGUGUUUGGUGAUUUUUUUGCCAAAUUGAAUCAAGAGAAUAAGAAUUGUGAAGUUGAUCCAAGAUAUGUUAGAUUACAAGAACGAGCUGAAAGAAGAGGGAAAUCAAUGUAUCUUGAUGGAGAAGCGGAAGAUGAUGAUGAUAGUGAUAGCGAUUCGGAUGUGGAUUCAGAUACUGAACAAGCAAGAGAAAUCAAAAUUAAACAAAUGAUUGAAACUAAUUAUAAUAAUUUAUAUAAUUAUUCUGAAGAACUUUGGAAUAAAAUAUAUACAACUUCCAAUGAUUUACCUCGACAAAUAAAGACUCAAUUAGCUAAUUUUAGAAAUAAAGUUGAAUUAAAUUGUGAACCUGAUGACAAGACAACUUCAUUGAAUUGUUUAAGUGCAUUUAUAUUCCUUCGAUUUUUCUGUCCAGCAAUUUUAAAUCCAAAAUUGUUUUAUUUGACAGAAAAUCAUCAAACUGGAAGUAUACAAAGAACAUUAACAUUAUUAGCUAAAGUUUUGCUAAAUCUUGCUAAUAGAACUGAAUUUAGUAUUCAUAAAGAACCAUACAUGACUAAAAUGAAUACUUUUUUACAAAAACAUCAAUCGGAAAUCUAUGAUUAUUUUGAUAAAAUAACGGGAAGAAAGAAUGAUUUUAAUCCCAAAAUCCUUGAUUUAUCUCAUGAAGUUAAACGAUUUGAUUUAGGUUUAGAUAAAUCGAAAUCGGAUGAAUUACCCACUACACCAUAUUUAAUUGAUAAAUGUUUAAGAUUGACUGAAAUCAUUCAUUUAUUGGAUUAUAGUAAAUAUCAAGGUUCACCAGUUGUUUCAUCCCAAGUUGCAAGUAGUAUUUCCUCAUCCCUUGAUUUAAACCGACAGAAUGGCAUUAACCAACUUCGUCCAAAUAGUGAUAUUUCAAUUAAUGAAGCGAAAAAUGUAUAUAAAAUCGGGUCAUUAGAAUUUGAAAAAUCAGAAUUUUUAGAAUUAACCGGUGAUGCCGAAACAGAAGGAUUCAUAAAGUCAUUAUGUGGAUCAGGAUCAACUGAAGAUAUUUUUUCAUUCAUAAAAUCAAAUAUCACCCUUAAAGAUAUUCAAAAACAAAGUAUGAAAUUAAUGAUGAAAAUUAAACAACUUGAAAAUUAUUUAGAUUCUCCUGAAUAUUGUAAAAAUUAUAAACUGGAGAAAUUAUGGGAAGCUUUCACUUAUGAUAUUUUGAAUAGAUGUUAUUUGGAUACCAAUAGAAAUUGUCUAGUUUCAAUCAUGGAUCCAACUUUGAAUCAUGGAUCAGGGAAUAAUUAUAAGAAAUUAACCGAUCAUCAUUCUUUGAGUCAUUUGAAAUUGAAAUUCCCGCAACAAAGUACAGGUUCAACUAUUGAUAGUGGCGGGACUAAUGGUAAUGGUAAUAAUGGAUUUGGAAACGAGAUUGGAAGUAGAGUUAGUAUGAGUUUUAGUGCUCAUAGUUUGGGGAGUUUUGCUAAGCAGAAUAAUUCAAAGAAUCCAUUUAAGAAAUGGUUAAGGAAGAGUUAG